UUAAUCAUCCUCAUUACUAACCGGAAGUGUCUUAAGUGAGGAACUGAGGGAGCAAACGAACUAGCAGCAGAACAAUUGCUACUUUAUUGGCACAAACUGAAAACUUAGGUCGAAGAGUCGACGUAUAAGAGAAAGUUUUAAUGAAGAUGGAUCCAGCCCGGAUCGAAGGGACGCUCUGGAAUGUUUUGUACUAUAUAGCUGGAGCAGUGACCAGAUUCCUCAGGUCAGAACCUCCUAACACAAUUAGCAAUGAUCCGCUUCAAGAACCCACACUUGAAAGCGGUUCUGGUGGCGAUGCUCACAUGGCGGUCCAUAUUAAGGAGGAGCCUACCUCAGCUCAGCCUGAUCGGUAUGUUGACUUCGGUGCAGACGGAAGUGGAGAGGAAGGAUUCAAUGACGGCACAAGAAAUAAUUACUCCAAGACAGAUUCCACCUUGGAGAAAGAGGAAGAAGCUGAGGUGCAGUUCUGCACUGUCGCUGGGUUAAGUCUCAGAGAACGGAAUACAAUGAUCCUCGAAGACAAUAGCAAUGGUUUGACUUCUGAUAAAGGAACCAAACUCGACACACUUGAAGAUCGCCUCAAGCCUGAAGUACCUGAAGCUCAGUAUUGCAAAGAGGACAACCACACAUCUUCAACCACAGAUGACCUAAAAGUUGACGGUGAAAUGCCAAUAAAAGCCAGACAUUUGGAUGAAGAAUCAGUUAUGAGUAAAUCACAAAAGCGUUCCAUGGAAGAAUUAGCCACGGCGAUGCCAGUAAAAGGUGAGGGGGAGACGGGACAGGAAAAAAUUGUGUUCUCAAGUAUAUGCAAUGAUCCCGUUACUCCACAGGAGCUAAAUACUCCAAGGAAACGCCAAGAGGGAAGCCAAGACUUACUUCCUGAAGAAAACAAUGAGUCUGAACCAGAUGCAAAUACAAUACAAGGGUUCCUGGAAGUCGGGGAUUCCAAGGAAAUCCCAAAUUUACCCGAAGAGGUGGAGAUCAAAGAGCAGGAGAUCCUUCAAAACAGCAGUGGCGAGGUCGGAGCUAAACACAAAACCGAGGCGACUAGUCCCAGAUUGGUACUGCAGAGCUCAAUGAAGAUGGGACUCGAUGCUCAUUAUGGUAUAGCAGCAGAUCAUGACAUGAAAGACCAUCAGGGUAGAAUUAAAGUGGUUGAACUGGAGCAAGGUCAAGGGUUAUCUGUUGCUACAGGAGAUAACGAGACCCGAAGAGGAAGAACGAAGGAGUCUGCUGUCGGAUUGGGUCAUGAGAAACUGCUUGAUGUUGAGGUAGAGCACGGACAGAUGGACGACCUCGCUGGAUCAGAGCGUGUAGAAGACAUGCGGCUCAAUACAGAAAGAAGCUCUAAGUUUCAGGAGGAGAACACAAAACUUGAAAUUCAUGACAACCUGAACAAAGAACCCAGUGUAGAUCAGAUAACUGAUAAUUUCACUGAGAAAACAAUCAGCCAACAUCAAGAUGGAAUUUCUGAAGAUCUCCUUGACUUGUGGACGCAGACUGCAUUAUCAGAAGUCUCCAAAGAAGACCAGAUAUCAAAGGAGAAACCUAAUGAAGUCAAAUCCAUCUCGGAGCAGCAAGUUGGCGAUGAUUCAGAAAGCUUCACUGUGCUGUCAUCAUCAUCUUCGACCGCAGAGUCAGGGUUCUCCGAUCAGUCCUUUGGUGACACCGCUUGCCCAACGAAUGCUCCUUUUGCAGCCGAGCAAGACGAUGCUCAAGAGUUGCACAUAAGAGACUCAGAAGCUUCAUUGGAGGAGUUGUCAAGAUAUUCUGAACCCUUAAAGUUUGCUGAAUUUGAAGAUCACAUUCAGGUGAGCCACUUUGUUAUGAACUUUGCCCCUCAAAAGUCAAGGAUCUCCGUGAAGAACCCACAUGUAAGACCGCCAAAAGAUCCACGUUCUCUACUCCAAAGGCCCUCUGUGGAGCCUAUGUUGGCUCCACCACCGGCAACCAAGAUUCCUGCCGGUGUGCGGGCAUUGGGAGGACUGGGAUUUGGAAUCAAAAUGCCAGGACUUGGUGCGGGUUUUCCUGCUCUCAAAAAGUUUCCAAAAAAGGAAGCUGAGUUAAAACCAGAGAAGGGCGACACUCCCACGGAAGAAGAGUUGCCACAAAAACCUAAAUGGCUGCCACCAAGACAAUCGGGAUUUGGAAACCCAUUCAUGUCCGAGCUCAAGACCAAAUUGAAGAAACCCUCCCAGAAAUGAGGGGCUGUAAUGUUGUGUACUGUUCAUAUAUUCUAUGAAAUAUUGCUCAAUGAUGUCAUAUGUAUAGAUAAUGUGUUUACAUUUUGUAAUUAACAGUAAUAAACUAUGAAUGUUUUUGUUUUCUUUUGAACUUUACAGGAAUGUCCAUUUGCGUACAAAAUAGUAUACUGCUUAUAGUUGUGUAUUUGCUAUAGAUACAUUUGCGUAACUACUACAGGUAGUACAAUUGUUAUACAAGCGUAUUCAAGAGUCAAAUUGCAUGUUGAGUAUUAUAAAUUUGUACAUAUAGGGAUCCUGUGCAACGAUGCCCCCUAGAGGAUUUUGAGGGGCAUUGCCUUAACAUCAAAGCACAGGGUAUAUAAAAUUAGUA